CGGCUCCUGCGGGGACCGGCGGGGAGCCCGCCGCCGCCGCUGCCGCUGCCGCCGCCGCCAUGCCCGGCAAGCUGAAGGUGAAGAUCGUGGCCGGCCGCCAUUUGCCCGUGAUGGACCGAGCCAGCGACCUGACGGACGCCUUCGUGGAGGUGAAGUUCGGCAACACCACCUUUAAGACGGACGUGUACCUCAAGUCGCUGAACCCUCACUGGAACUCGGAGUGGUUUAAGUUCGAGGUGGACGAUGAGGAUCUGCAGGACGAGCCGCUGCAGAUCACCGUGCUGGACCACGACACCUACAGUGCAAACGACGCCAUCGGCAAGGUGUACAUCGACAUCGACCCUCUGCUGGUCAGCGAGGCCGCCACCGUCAUCUCGGGCUGGUUCCCCAUCUACGACACCAUACACGGUAUCCGUGGAGAAAUCAAUGUCGUCGUCAAAGUAGACCUUUUCAAUGAUUUAAAUCGAUUUAGACAGUCCUCGUGCGGGGUGAAAUUCUUCUGCACAACAUCCAUCCCCAAGUGUUACAGAGCUGUGGUCAUUCAUGGAUUUGUGGAAGAACUUGUGGUCAAUGAAGACCCAGAGUAUCAGUGGAUCGAUCGGAUCCGCACACCCAGGGCGUCCAAUGAGGCCAGACAGAGACUCAUUUCCUUAAUGUCAGGUGAGCUGCAGAGGAAGAUUGGCCUGAAAGUCCUGGAGAUGCGCGGGAACGCGGUGGUCGGGUACUUGCAGUGUUUUGAUCUGGAGGGCGAGUCGGGGCUCGUGGUCCGAGCCAUCGGCACGGCGUGCACGCUGGACACCUUAACGAACCCAGCCACCUUCCUCCCGACGUGCCACUCCCCCUCCAAAGAGAUGAAGGAGGCGCCCUUCAGCGAAGACCCCAGGCCCUGUGCUCCCUCAUCAGGACCUUCCACCCCUCUGAAAAAUCACACUUACUCCUUUUCUCCUUCUAAAUCGUACAGCCGACAGUCUUCUUCAGACACAGACUUAAGUUUGACACCCAAAACGGGAAUGGGCAGUGCUGGGAAGGACGGGCCUUUCAAAGCGCUUCUGAGACAGCAGACCCAGUCAGCGCUGGAGCAGAGGGAGUUUCCGUUUUUUACCUUAACGGCCUUCCCUCCCGGGUUCCUGUUACACGUGGGUGGUGUGGUCAGCGCUCGGUCUGUGAAGCUGUUGGAUCGCAUACACAAUCCUGACGAACCGGAAACUCGAGACGCCUGGUGGGCAGAAAUCAGACAGGAAAUCAAAUCCCACGCGAAGGCAUUAGGCUGCCACGCCGUGGUGGGCUACAGCGAGUCAACCAGCAUCUGUGAGGAAGUGUGCAUCCUGUCCGCCUCGGGCACCGCGGCCGUGCUGAACCCCCGCUUCCUGCAGGACGGCGUGCUGGAGGGCUGCCUGGAGCAGAGGCUGGGGGAGAGCCAGCCCCCGGGCUGUGGGUUCUGCCACACCCCUUACGACGAGGUGAACACGCCGUUCCCUGCUCACCUGGCGCUGUGCUGCUGCUGCCGCCGGCAGAAGGUGCCCGACGUCCUGCUUACCACCAUCGACCUCCCCGCACAGGCCGCCGUGGUCGGGAAGGGCUGUCUUAUUCAAGCCAGGUUGUGUCGCUUGAAAAAGAAAGCCCAGGCAGAAACGAACGCCACGGCCAUCAGCAACCUCCUUCCGUUCAUGGAGUACGAGGUGCACACCCAGCUGAUGAACAAGCUGAAGCUCAAAGGGAUGAACGCCUUGUUCGGCCUGAGGAUUCAGAUCACCGUGGGGGAAAAUAUGGUGAUGGGUUUAGCGUCGGCCACAGGUGUGUACCUGGCAGCGCUGCCCAUGCCAGGUGGCAUUCAGAUCGCUGGCAAGACCCCGGGCGACGGCUCCUACGAACAGCACGUUUCCCACAUGCAGAGGAAGAUCAACGACACCAUCGCCAAGAACAAGGAGCUGUACGAGAUCAGCCCACCGGAGGUGGUGGAAGAGGUCGUAGGAUCACCCAUCCCAGAGCCCAGACAGCGCUCCCGACUUCUGAGAUCACAGUCGGAAAGUUCCGAUGAGGCCGCAGAAUUAGAUCUCUCCCACGGGAAGAAAGAUGCUUUUGUUUUGGAGAUCGACGACACGGAUGCCAUGGAAGACGUGCACUCGCUCCUCACCGACGUGCCCCCGCCCCCAGGCUUUUAUAGUUGCAAUACAGAGAUUAUGCCUGGCAUCAAUAACUGGACCUCAGAAAUACAGAUGUUCACGUCCGUAAGAGUCAUCCGACUGAGCAGCCUGAACCUGACAAACCAAGUGCUCAACAAGAACUUCAACGACCUGUGUGAGAACCUGCUCAAGAGUCUGUAUUUCAAACUCCGGUCCAUGAUUCCCUGCUGCCUUUGUCAUGUGAACUUCACAGUCUCAUUGCCUGAAGAUGAAUUAAUUCAGGUCACCGUCACUGCCGUCGCGAUUACGUUUGACAAGAACCAGGCUUUGCAGACCACGAGCUUACACACGGAGAAGUCGCUUCAGAGAGGCUCUUCAGAUAAUGAAGAACUUUUGCAGUUCCCGCUGGAGUUGUGUUCAGAUUCUCUUCCUUCCCAUCCGUUCCCGGCAGUGAAAGCCACGUCCGUAGAUUACAGUUCCUUUGCAGACAGAUGCGGCGGCUGGAUAGAGCUCAUUAAACUGAAAGCUCAGAGCAUAAGGCGCGGAUCAAUGAAGACAACCGCCGCCCUGGACAAGGCCAGCGCCGCCGGGGGCGAGGGCGCCGCCCGGGCCCGCCCCGCGCCGCCCGGCCCCGCCGCGCCCGGCGGCCCCGGCGGGCCGGGCUCCAGCGUCGGCGUGGUGCGGAUGACGCCGCUCUCCUUCAUCCCCGGAGCCAGGAUCACCAAGUACCUGGGCAUCAUCAACAUGUUCUUCAUCCGCGAGACCACGUCCCUGCGCGAGGAGGGCGGCGUCAGCGGCUUCCUGCACGCCUUCAUCGCCGAGGUCUUCGCCAUGGUGCGCGCGCACGUGGCGGCGCUGGGCGGCAACGCCGUGGUCUCCUACAUCAUGAAGCAGUGCGUGUUCAUGGAGAACCCCAACAAGAACCAGGCGCAGUGUCUCAUCAAUGUGAGCGGCGACGCCGUGGUGUUCCUCCGAGAAGCGGACGCGGAGGCGCCGGGCGGCGGCGGCGGGGCCGAGGGCACGACCUGA